AUUUAUGAACUAGUCCUUCUCAGAGGCCGAUUUCUUUUAUUUUCUCAGCCUGACUGGGAGGUAUAAUUAUGGGUGUUCAACAUAUAGGAGAAUCCAAAGACAUGUUACAGUUAUGUGUUAUGGAGGUUGGAUGUAGAUGUGACUUUGUGUUUGUGGUUUUUUCUUUCAACUGAAUAUGAGGAAUCACAGGACAUGUUUAAACACAUUCUAAUUUGUACUUUAUGAGUCAUAAAGCUGAAGUUGUCAUGUUGUUCCGAAGGUUCCGUUGUCCAUUAUGACCCCAUAAUGGUUCUGGAAUCCUACAUCACAAAAGUCUACAGGAGAGAACAUUUCAGUUCUAAUGGUCAUUCCAAUAUCUUCACGCGUUGAGUACAGACACAGAGAGACAUCCCGUUUUGAACUGUUUUAUUCAACAAGUAUUUCAAAGAUGUUUGGAAAAAGCAACAUGCGGAGGCCAAGUCACAGCACGUGUGAUGUAGGUGGCGAGGAUCCUCUAAUUAAAGAGAUCAGUACAGCAAUGGCCAGACUUUCCCUAAGUGGAAAGACUGAGCUAGAGUCCAGGUCCUCCAACAGCCACAUAUCUAAUAAUGAGGCCCAGGACAAAACCAGUACCCCAAAAAGGAGAUGGGAUGAUCUGGAAUCGGGCGGUAUCAGACGGCCAGACAGCCUCGGCCCAGAGACAAAGAGAAAAAGAGUGGACACAACGGCGAUAAACAAGUCUUUCUGGGUGAGUAUUGGUUGCACCAUAGCUUUUCAAAGGAAAUAUGUGAGUGCUUUUCAGUACAGGGCCAUUGAAGAAGAAGUCAAGCAGACUUUGCCACCUGAGGCACAGAAGAAGAUGGCUACACCCAAAAUGUGUCCCAUUCCCACCACAUAUUUAAAGGACAAAGACAAACUGUCCUAUAAAAGGAAGUGGGAAGAUGUCGAUGCAGCCGGUAUCAGAAGGCCAGACAACCUCGGUCCUCAAAAAAAGAGGAGAAGAGUGGUCCGGAAACGUGUUCAGGCAGACGCUGACAUUGUCAUGAUUGCAAUGCCAAAAAAGAAAAAUAGAAGAAGAAACAGGAGAAGACAUGUGAAGCCUGUACAGAGUGCAAAGGAAUGGCGACACCCAGAACUGUCGGGUCACAAGGGACCUGGAGAAAAGACCUGGAGAGGAGGGCGCAAGAAGGCAAAGCAUGACGUGAGGCAGAAGGAACGCAGAAACAUGCGUCACCAGGGCGCCGUCAGUGGGAAACACCUGGUCCGAUGUGCCGGGCCCCGGGCCAAGGGAGGGCCCAAAAGGUCCCUUGGCCAAAAAGUCCUGGGCACAUGA